GCGUCACUCCGGAGCCUCUGUUGCUGCUGCUGCCGCCGCCGCCGUCCGUGCGGAAGGGGAGGCGCUGGGCUGGUCAGGCGGAGGAGCGGGCGAGAAGCCGGCGCGGCAGCGGCGGACGAGGCGGGGGCCGAGCAGGCUCCUCUUGUUGGCGAGGGAAGGAUGGUGAAGCUGGGCGGCCCUUCGGGCGAGAAGCGCAGCAAGGCGGCCCCGGCGGAGGACGGCUUCGACACCAUCCCGCUCAUCACCCCGCUGGACGUCGGGCAGCUCCAGUUCCCCGCGCCGGACAAGGUGGUGGUGAAGACAAGAACAGAAUAUGAACCCGAUCGAAAGAAAGGGAAAUUUCGUUCUCCCCGAAUUGCAGAAUUCACAGUCAGUAUCACUCAAGGCAUCUCAGAACGUUUUAAGGCGACCGCCCUGAUCCUGUUUGCCCUGGCCUUCCUCGCCUGCGUCGGGUUCCUGGUGGUCUACAAGGUCUACAAGUACGACCAGGCCUGCCCAGAAGGUUUCGUCUUCAAGAACAAUCAAUGCAUUCCAGCUGGAUUAGAGAGCUACUACUCUGAGCAAGACUCUAGCGCUCGAGGAAAGUUCUACACGGUGAUCAACCACUACAACCUGGCCAAGCAGACCAUCACCCGGUCAGUUUCUCCAUGGAUGACGGUGCUUUCGGAAGAGAAACUUUCCGAGCAGGAGACGGAGGCAGCCGAGAAACCUGUUUAGGGGGAGGGGGGGGAGGAGGGGGAGUCCGGUGGGGAAGGGUCCGGAGGUGGUUUUCAUGGAAUGUCUCAUUGUUAGGAUCACUUAGAGGUUGCUCAUAAUUUAUUGUGUAAUUGCUUUGGUUGCUGCCAACUGCUUUGCAAAACGGAGCAAGGAAAAAGAAAACGGGGCUCUUAAUGGCCCCGGGCACAUCAGCAUUGCUUCAGAGCUCCAGCACCAGUUUCUCCUUCCGUGGCAUCGAACGUAGUAGGCGCAUUCUUGUAAUUUAGACAUCUGACAGAGUUCCAUUGGGGCAGGGCUUGUGGGGUGUGUGGGAUGACGUGCUUCUUACCGUGUGUCCUCGUGUUUUGUUUCCCUUUAAACCGGCUCUGAAAUCCCAACAUUCACGGGCCUGGCUUGCAGCUCCAAAAUGAAGACCUAGAAAUAAAACCGGCUUCUGAUUUUGCUCACUCCAUCCAUUACGACCUUUAGGCUUAAUUGCUUCCGUUAUGGCAUGAACUUCACCCUUCCCACUACAUGAAAGGCUCUUGUGCAAACAAAAUAGAAAUUAGGCAUUCAAGAGCCGUACCUCUUUUAAUGAGAGAUUAGGAGUUUUAAUUAAAAAGGACAACAUAUUCUGAGGGGCAGAUAAACAAGACAGAAACUCUUCAGUCCCCCAUACAAUCUGCGUAACUAGAAAGGACGUAUUUCAUUAGAACGGCCUUUUUUGGAAACCUCAACGUUGUGAAAUGCCCUUUGCUGGCAGCCUUCUUUUGGCCUUUCCUGGCCCUUCCCUGCCAGGGAAUCGCUGGGAAGAGACAUCGGUUCCCUUGAGCUCAGUGGGAUUUUGAUGUCAGCCGGCUGCGGAAUUGAGGGCCUCCAAGGACGGCAACAUCCAGGCCAUUCAAAGGCACCUGGGAGGGAGGGAGGGAGGGAGGGGGAAGAGGGCAAGACUACUGUCUGGACGUAAGCUCACAGGGCCAAGUACACGCUUACUGUCCGACAGGCUCCUCCUACACGAUGGAAAUUAAGACCUUCCGAUGCUCCUCCCCCAGAGAGUUUGGCCACUGGAGCCCCUACAGCCGUAAACCUGACCUCCUUCUCCACCGCCAAUCCCUGUAGGGAUAGGACAGCAGCAGCACAUUUUAAUCUGUGAAUCUUUCCUAGGAUAGGAGAUGGUUGGAAAUGCCCUGCCCCUAGGAAGC